AUGAAAAAUAUGUUGGGUGUGGGACACCUUGAUAUCUAUAAUUUGGAACCGUCGUCUGUGAAAACCUAUGUUCAAAAUCAUCCCAAGGUACUAGAUGAAAUUAUUCUCAGUCUUAGAACCGCGAACGAUCUUCGUCAGCUUCUUCAACGAAAACAGUCAAACAUAUUGGAUGCGACCAAUCGUGAAUUUUCGGCCGACAGAUACAGCGAUCUGUAUUCCAAGUACAGCUUCCCAUCAAUCAGACUCCAGUCCGAGACGAUAUUAAAAGAAAGCAAAAGUGAAAACCUAAGCGGAAUUCUUUAUAAUGCCGCAGAAAUCGUAGCAAGUGCAUUGCAAGUGGACUGGUUUGCCUUGUAUAUUCCGUGCCACAAUAACAAAGACUUGUUUGAAUACGAAUUUGGGGGUGUUACUAAGUUCUAUGGCCCCAUUGGGAAGGGAAUGACGGUGUCCGCCGAGGCCGCUUUCAUCUGUGAGACGCUUCUUAUUGAGAACCUACCUCAAGAUGGCAGGUAUCCGAAGGGCGUUGGACGUCCGGAGAGAGAUGUACGCAGCGUUCUCGCAGUCCCACUAGUGUUUCCCUCCGGUGACUUGCUCGGUGUCAUAGAACUGUGCAGGGGUGGAUUUGACGAGUCGUUUGGUCAACGGGAUCAGCAGAUUUGUAACUCGCUGCUUGGUUGGAUGGUUGCAUCUCUACACGAAUCGAAAAUAAACAAUGUCUUCGUUAUUCAGUCUAAGCUCAACGAUUUCCUCAUGGACACCACAAAAGAACUGUUCGAUGACAUGAUCAGCAUUGACAAACUUGUCGAGAACAUCUUACAGUUCAGUAAGGACCUGGUGAACGCCGAUCGGUGUUCCAUGUUCCUGGUGAAUGAGGAGAAGAAACAGUUGUACGCGGACUUCUUCGACGAGGGUUUGAAGAGAGAUGGAAAACACAUCUUGUCCAAAAAACACCAAAUUCGCUUUCGGUGCGACGAAGGCAUCGCCGGCCACGUGUACAAAACUGGAGAAAUCGUCAACAUCACCGACGCGUACAGGGACCCUCGUUUUAACCCCGAGAUCGACAAACAGACCGGCUAUCGCACCAGGAAUAUCUUGUGCAUGCCGAUCGUCAGCAAAUACCGCGUGGUCGGGGUGGUGCAGAUGAUCAACAGCUUGGCGAACGAUCACUUCACGCACGCAGACGAAGAUGCCUUCAAGACGUACGCAGUGUACUGUGCUCUGGCCCUGCAUUAUUCAACACUGUACAACCAGCUGCAGCAGUCGGAGACGCAGUACAAAGUAGCAAUGGAUGUCCUUCAGUACCACAUCGUCGCGCCGGAAGAGGAAGCCAAGAUUCUGAAAAAAGAUAUACCGGUUGAAUCGAUCCCAAGACUGUAUUUUACGUACGAUUUUAACCCACAUUUACACGAAAAGCAGCUACCCCAGUUGUUCAUAUUCAUGAUACAUGAACUGUUUGGAAAAGAUAUCUUUGAUUUUAAUAAAUUGUGCAGAUUUAUUAUGACAGUGAGAAAAAAUUACCGGCCGUUGGCGUACCAUAACUGGGUGCACGGCUUCAACGUGGCGCACGGGCUGUACUGCAUGAUCAAGACAAAUCCAGAGCAUUUCGGAACUCGCGAGGCAAUGGCUCUCGUCAUCGCCGGCGUGUGCCACGACCUGGACCACCGCGGCUACAACAACGUCUUCUAUGAAGAAUUCAACCUGCCCCUGGCGGACCUGUACGGAACGUCUGUGAUGGAGCACCACCACUACAAACACGCCGUCACCAUUCUGCAGCUGGAGGGUCACGAGAUCUUCUCAUUUCUACCCUCGCACGAAUACAAGAAGAUGCUGCUCAUCAUCCGAGAUGCCAUCAUCGCCACGGACCUUUCUGUUUACUUCAAAAUUCAGAAAGAGGUGUCCGCACUGUUUGACUCGGACUCGUUUAACCUACGGAACGAUCAUUGCAAAGGACUACUUCGGUCCCUGAUGAUGACCGCGGCAGAUCUGAGCGUGGUGACGAAGCCCUGGGACACGCAGGAAGCCAUGGUGAUGCGUAUCUAUGAGGAGUUUUACGUGCAAGGUGAUCUGGAGAAGGAGUGCGGACUCCAACCCGCAGAGAUAAUGGACAGGAAUAACAGGGAUGUUACGCCUAAGCAGCAAGUUGGUUUUAUUAAGUUCAUCUGUCAGCCAUUGUACACGGUCCUGGCGCGCAUACUCCCUGGUACGAAACCUUUACUGCAGAACACUGAAUCGAAUCUUUGUCGGUGGCAGAAACUCGAUGCUGACAGAGAGAGAGAUGCUAAAACUAAACAUAUUCGUAGUAUAUAUCAAAAGAAAUAA